GCGAAUAACUCAUUCCUUCCUCUCUUUCUCUCUCUCCUCUUUCAGGCAGGCAGAAAACCAGGAUGCUUCGCUACGUUCUGCUAGUCCUCGCUGUGGUGAUUCCCUUAGGGUCCAGCUACCGUAGCGUGUGCUACUACACCAACUGGGCCCAGUACCGGAACAGCAUAGGGAAGUUCGUGCCAGAGGAUGUGGACCCUAACCUUUGCACCCACAUCGUCUACUCCUUCGGGAAGCCCGUGGGAACCAGAAUAGAGCCCUAUGAGUGGAACGACGAGUCGACUCCGUGGAGCAAGGGCAUGCGUGUUAUGCGAAACAACAAGGCUUCGGAGGUGUCAUGUACUGGGCGCUCGACCUGGACGACUUCAAAGGCACUUCCUGCAACCAGGGCAAGUACCCGCUCAUCAACGCCGCCAACAACGAAUUCCGGUCCGGGACUUUCGAGAACUGCCCCAAAGCUGGGCCCGGACCUGUCGUGGGCCCUGUGGUGACCUCUGCCCCUGUGACCUCCGCCCCCGUGACCUUGCCCCCAAGGACGUUCCCCCCUGUGGUGACCAACAGGCCCCCCUACCAACCCGUGACCUCUCCCCCUGUCUACACCAAUCAGCCGCCAACUCCCUCCCGCCUUACUUCGGGACACCAGCACCGCCGGCCGCCACCUUCCUCUCAAACCCGCCUACGUCAAACCCCGGCACGGUCGCGCCCUUUAACCCUUACCCGACACAGGCGCCCUUUAACCCUUACCCGACACAGGCGCCCUUUAACCCUCACCCGACGCAAGCGCCCGCAAAUCCAGCGGGGGCUACUCAGACUUCAGCGCCCCCUGCCAUCAGCCAGACGGGAUCUUUCGACUGCACGGGUAAAACCAAUGACUUCUACCCGGACUCCACUUCCUGCUCUGACUUCUACGUCUGCGCUGGCCAGAUGGCAUACAAAGUGAACUGCGCCACAGGGCUGCAGUUCAAUCCCAAACUCAAGCACUGUACGUGGGCCUUUAGCUUCAGCUGCCAGACCAGUCAGCAAGCUCAGACUGCCCCGGCUGGGUCGAUUCCAAGUUGCGGCAAGACCCAGGUGGGCCUGUUCCCCCACCCCACAAACUGCAACCACUACAUCCAGUGUUCCUUCGGACAACGGUUCGAAAUGGAAUGUCCCGACGGCCUACUCUUCAACCCCGCCGUCGGCAGAUGUGACUUCGCCGUCAACGUCCCGUCAUGCUCUUCCGGUUGAAAGGGCAAAAUGUCGACAAGCUAUUAAAAUGUCCUAUGUUCCCCCGCUCCACCCCAAAAUUUAAAAAACAAAUAAAGCGAAAUUUUUAAGCGAGAUGAAAAAAAAACUGUUCUAUUUUUUCAAACAAUUGUUCCUACUUCAUGUGGUUGUUUGUUUUUUUUUUGUUUUUUCUUAUUUUAUUGACCUUUAGAAUUUGAAUAUUAACAAAAUAUUUGUCAAGCUCAUGCAACCGGUGUCUUAGAUUAAGAAACUGGAGGGGGGGGGGGGUGAUCAAAUUGUUGUGCUUCGUACAUUUUAAUAGCUUGACGACCGGAAGAAGUUGGAAUCGAGAGAUCAAGGCCACAGUGCGCAAUCGGAGGUCAUAAGGAAAAAUGUCUGAUGUGGAGAAUGAUGCCAGAUAAAUGAAAAAUAACCCUUACCAACUCAGCUAAACAGUUGGUCUUGGGGCAACACAUUAAAUCGUAAUUCAUGAUGAUUUACAAUGAUACUAAGCUUUUUUUAGGUGUCUGGAAGGCUACAGUUUAAAGGCUGUUUCUAAAUCUAGGCCAAACUUGGGCCUAAUGGUGACAUGGUGGACACAAUGGCCUAGUUGAUUGGCUGUUCUGAAUCCUUAAAAGUCAAUUUGUUUGUUUGUUCUGUGGAAAGUUGGACCGUCGGUUUCAGUUAUUUUGUCAUAUUUGAGAAGGAUGCCUCAAUUGCUACUUUAACCAUUUCAAUUCAUUUUCUCUUGAAGUUGCUCAUAGUUGCAUUCUAUGCUCAGCCGUAUUCAAAAUUUUAAGCUUUAAAACUACCAGAUGGAUAUCAAGGAUGACGCCUUUAACUCUAACUUUUUGUAAACCAAUUCGUAUUUAAGAUUUCUGGCUUAUUUGUAGAAAGUAGGGAAAGGGGUUUGGAGGGGGGGGGGGAGUAAGGGGAGGUGUGCACUCUCAAAGAAUGACAACCGAUCCGGUUUUAUAAAACGAUGAUUGUUGAAUAUAAAAGGAGCUCGGAAUAAUUUGUGUUACCGCAAACAAUACGUGUCAAAAUUCAUGAAGUACUUUUUUCUUGUGCGAGUGUGAUUUUUUCUUGAUUUUCUUCUUGAUAUGCAAGGUUCAAUAAAGUUCUUUUUGUUGCAGUGAGCGACGAAUUGUAAUAAAC